GGCCACGGCGUCGCGCCGCAGCUCCCGCAGCCGGCGAGGGCCGCUGCUGCGCCGGCGUCCCGCGACGGGCCUGGGCGUGCAGAAGCGCCGCCGUCAGGACUGCAGCUGGACGCGGCGGCGGCGGGGGAGGACCGGGCGCUGUGCGACCGCAUGGCGGCGGACCUCGAGCCGCCCCUGGACGGCGCGCGGGGCGCGCGGGCCGCGCAGAUUAUGGCGUGGGUCGCGUCGGGCGCGCGUGCGCUGUCGCUCACGCAGUUCGGCUCCCGCCUGGUGCAGCAGGCGGUGGCCGUGGCGUCCUCCGCGCAGCGCGAGCAGCUGGCCGAGGCGCUGCUGCGGGAGUCGCGGGACGAGGACCCGACCGAGCUCUUCUGCUCCCCACACGCCAACCACGUGGUCGCGAAACUCAUCGCCGUCAUGCCGCCAGCCAGGCUUGGCCGUGUGGGCGAGGCCAUGCGCGGGGAGGCCACCUCUGUGGCCCGCCACCAGUUCGGGAGCCGCGUCCUGGAGCGGCUCAUCGAGCACUGCGGGGAGAAUCAAAUCGGCUUCCUUCUGGACGAGAUCAUGGGUGACUUCGAGGCACUGGCGCGCCACCAGUUCGGCAACUUCGUGGUGCAGCGGACGCUGGAGCACUGCUCGAAGGCCAGGAUGCACGCCUGCGUGGAGAAGCUGCUGCCGCACGUGCUCAAGCACGCCACGCACAAGACGGCGAGCAACGUCGUGGGCUGCCUGCUCGCGCACUCCGACCUCGACUGCCAGGCGGCGAUCGCCGACGUCUUCCUGGCGGGCAGGGACGAGAUGUCCCUGGAGACAAUCGCGGCCACACGCUAUGGAAGCUUCGUGGUCCACCACCUGGUGGACCGGUUCCACCCCCGCAUCGACGCGGUGAAAGCCCGGGUCAAGGCGGCGCACCAGCAGCUGCAGGAGUCGAGCUUCAGCCGCCAGAAGAUCGUAAACUUCCUCGGGGAGUCCUUCUUCCUCGACUGA